AUGUAUCCUGGCCUUCACUGCAAAUCAUACAAUGAAGAUGAUCAACCCAAUCUUCUCAACCUUAACAUGUUUAAACUAUCCACUUAUCCAUUUUCCCUCCUUCCCACUAGUAACUUGGACCUCUCUUUCUCCACUUGGGACUUCAACAACAAGAGACCCAAAACCUCAUCCAACCCAGUUCAAGUUCCAGUUGCAGAAGCUCAACGCAAUGAACCAACCAUUAAUGGUGCACGCAAGCUCCGGUUUCGAGAUCACAUCGGAACUUACAAGCAAAGAUUCUGGGCAACUGAAGCUGUUGAUGCAUCAAUUAACAUUGAGAAUUAUGAUUCUGGUGAUGGCACCAAUGGCAUGCAAUUAGUUCAGCAAUUGAUCUCAUGCGCUGAGGCAGUGGCGUGCCGAGACCGUGCUCAGGCCUCGAUACUCUUAACCGAGCUACGCGCGAAAGCGAUGGUGUUCGGUACUUCAUUCCAGCGUGUCGCGUCUUGUUUCGUCCAAGGCUUGGUUGAUCGUUUAAUGUUGGUUCAACCGAUAGGUGCGUGCGGCUCGCGUGCGGCGGCAGCAGCAACAACAACAACGACGGUCGAGUGGGACGAAGCAUUGAGCCUGGUUUACGACACAUGCCCAUACAUCCAGUUCGGUCACUUCGUGGCGAACUCGGCCAUUUUGGAAGCCUUUGAGGGAGAGAGUUUGGUUCACAUUGUGGACCUUGGCAUGACUUUGGGCUUGGCUCAUGGUCAUCAAUGGCGUAAGCUUUUGCAAAGCCUCGCGUCACGUUCACCGGCCCUUCGCCGUGUGCGCAUCACCGCAGUCGGGUCGAACACCGACCGGCUGAUCAUCAUCGGAACCGAGCUUGAGUCUUAUGCUCAUACACUUAAUAUUAACCUUGAAUUCUCUGUUAUUGCUACCAACUUAGAAAACUUAAAACCAGAACAAAUUAACAUCAGAGAAGGAGAGGUUUUGGCAGUGAAUAGCAUACUACAACUGCACUGUGUUGUGAAAGAAAGCCGUGGAGCACUAAACACAGUGCUUCAAAUGAUACAUGAGUUAGCACCAAGAGUGUUAGUGCUUGUUGAACAGGAUUCAAGUCACAAUGGGCCAUUUUUUCUUGGGAGGUUUAUGGAGGCAUUGCAUUAUUACUCAGCGAUAUUUGACUCGCUUGAUGUGAUGAUGCCAAAGUAUGACACAAAGAGAGCGAAGAUGGAGCAGUUUUACUUUGGAGAGGAGAUAAAGAAUAUAGUGAGUUGUGAAGGGGGAGGGAGAGUGGAGAGACAUGAGAGAGUGGAUCAGUGGAGGAGGAGGAUGAGUAGAGCUGGGUUUCAGCCGGCGCCGGUGAAGGUUGUCUCGGAGGUGAAGGAGUGGUUGGUGAAGGUGGUGAGUUGUGAGGGGUUUACUGUUGGUGAAGAGAAGGGUUGUUUGGUGCUUGGUUGGAAGUCUAAGCCUGUUAUUGCUGCUUCUUGUUGGAAGUGUUAAGAGAUUAAUUACUUAUUAUGUUGUUGAUUUGCAUGGAAAGACUGUGUGAACUGUGAGGGAAUAAGAGCUGCUUGCUUUGCUUUUGUUUUCAGUUUUAAGGUGUUUGACUUUAAUGUAUAAAGUCAAACAGUUUGAUUACUUAUUAAUAAUAAAAAAAAUGUGUGUUUGUAUUAUUUAUCUAUAUUAUCAAAUAAAUAAAUAAUA